ACAAUACCCAAAACCCAAUCCUUUUUUUUUAGAGAGAAAUAUAUAAUAAAUACUUUUUAUAAUCUGAAAUCGGAAAAGUUCACUUCACUCUCUGCGUUUUUGCGAUUUUUGUUUCUUUUAAAAAAAAAAAUUAAAUUAAAUUGAAGCCUUUGUUCUUGGGUAAGGGAAUUACGAAGUACGAACAAUACAAAAACGAUUUCGUAUGCUCUAAUUCCCAAAGUUUGAAACUUUUUUCUUCAAUCUCUGUGAAAUCUGAGGGGGCAAUUUUUUAGCUAAUUCUGGUGAAAAAUUAGGGCUUUUUUUUUUUUUUUUAAUUUUGGUUGAGCUGUGGAAGCUAAAAGGAUGAUGGGUGUACCCACCACCGAUGUACAAGGUUGGGUUGGGUUUCUCUCUGUUGCUACUACGGCUUCAUGAAACCUUAGCUUUGCUUCUUCUUUUUUUGUCCAAUGGGUAAAACCGAGGAUGAUGUGAACCUCCGUGUCGCCGGCGAGGAACUUACCGGCGAUUCGACGGAGAGAAGGAGGAGGAAUGCUCGGUGUUGUGUGUGUUCCCAAUGGAUCUCCUCUAGCUUCCUUGGUUUCAAAUGUUUCUUCGUUUUGAUUCUCUCCGUCUCUUUGUUCCUCUCUGCUUUGUUUUUGUUGCUUCCCUUUCCUGUUGAUCCUCAGCAAUCCAAUCUCGAUCCCAGAUUUAGAGGUCAUGCUAUAGUAGCCAGUUUUAGCAUCAAUAGACCGGCUUCUUUUCUUAAUGAAAAUAUCUUGCAGCUUAGGGAUGACAUCUUUCAAGAGAUGAGCUACGUAUCCAUCAAUGUAACUAUUUUGGCUUUUGAACCGGCAGAUGGAUUGAACAUGACAAAGGUUGUGUUUGGAAUUGACCACGAUACAGAUUACCGGGAAAUUUUACCUUUGUCCUUGAGUUCUAUCAAAGAGAUGUUUGAAUCGGUGCUCAUAAAUCAAUCUACUCUCCAGCUUACGAAAUCCUUGUUUGGGGAAACCUUCCUUUUUGAAGUGCUCAAGUUUCCAGGAGGAAUCACUGUGAUUCCACCUCAAAGUGCUUUUCCUCUGCAGAAGUUCAAGAUUGUUUUCAACUUUACCUUAAAUUACUCUAUUCACCAGAUACAGAUAAACUUCAAUACCCUUGCUAGUCAACUCAAGAAUGGGCUGAAUCUCGCACCAUACGAGAAUUUGUAUGUAAGCUUAUCGAAUUCAGAAGGGUCAACCGUGUCUCCUCCUACAACUGUUCACUCAUCGGUUUUGCUUAGAGUCGGGACUUCAAAUUCGAGCCCAAGGUUGAAACAACUGACUGAUACCAUCACAGGUUCACGCUCGAAAAACCUCGGCCUGAAUAACACCAUAUUUGGUAAGGUCAAGCAAGUUCGUCUCUCAUCUUUCUUGCCAAACAGCAGUGAUAGUGGCACCAGAUCUCCAUCACCCUCACCUAGUCCCCAUUCCAAGCACCACCAUCAUCAUCAUCAUCACCAUCAUCAUCACCAUCACAACCAUCAUCAUCACCACCAUCUGAGCCCAAAUAUGGCUCCCGAGGUUUCACCGGUGGCCUCUCCUGCUCCUCAGAGAAACCGUAGGAUAGCUCCGUCUGCACCUCCGUCCUGCAACUUAGGGAAUAGAGGACGAAAGAGAGUACAUUUCAAGGAGUAUCACAUGCAUUUUUCAUCCACACCUGCGCCUGCUCCUUCUGCUGGUGUACCACGUCAUCAGCCGCACUCGCCGGCCCCGAUUCCUGCAGCCAAGUCUCAUAUAGUUCCAGUCUCUGCCCCUCUACCACAUGUGGUGUUUGCACAUGCAGCUCAACCACCCAUAACCGAACAAAGGGAACCUCACGCAAAAGAAGAUGCUCAUCCUCAAUCGCAGUCCUCUUCAUCAGCGAAUGCGGUUUUACCAGCUAUUCCAUGGAUUGUCCUUCUCAUGCUGAUAGUGGCCGGGCUUCAUAAAUAACGACAUUAACAUGUCUAGUAAACUGUAUCAACAGAGUACUCAAAACUUAAGUGUAUAAAAAAUGAAUUUCAUAUGGAAUCUAGAAACAGAACUGGAAGAGUUGUUAUAGAAUGUUGCUGCACAAAAGGGUGCAGCCUUCUACUUAAAUCCCAAUUGAAUAUAUGCUCCAAGAGCUUCUUUUGUAUA